UCUAGCAACAAUAAAUGCUCCCUUGACACAAUAACCGCUCCCGUUCAAAAUGGCCGCCCACAUGGGCCGACUUCGGCAUGCCGUUUUGACAAAUCAGACAUUACUGAAUAAUUGGAGAGUCAUCGUUUCUGAUGUACUGCCGAGACAAUUUCACUACAGCUGCACAUUAGAUGCCGACACUCCAAGGCCAUCCAAAGCAUUUAACAAGCCAGCUCCAACAAAGGCAGAGAAGAUUAGCAAGGCUAUGAAAGCAUACAUAGAAAGAGCCCAAGCUCAAGAUGAAAUGUUGAAAAGGGAGACUGCUGACUAUGAGAUUGGAAAACGACACCUUGCAAAUAUCAUGGGCCUUGACCCUGAACAUAUGACUGACCGCCAGGUGAAGGAAUCUAUCCAGUACCUGCUGCCGUCAGGACUGUAUGAUCUGCCUUCCAGACCGCUGAUGAAGCCACCUCAAAAAGUCUUUCCAAAACGAAAAGAUGCGCAGUUUGGGAUGGAUGGACGGCCUUUCCACUCCUUCUUCUACACCGGCAAGCCUCAGUUCUAUGAGCUGCUCCACAAAGUGACAUGGAAGCUUGAGGCCCUGAAGAAAGAAGAGGACAAACUCCGUGAUUCGGGUGCAUUGUUUGAGACUGAAGAGAAGACAGAGAAGUUAUCUCUACAUGAGAAUGAGUGGAUCAGCUAUGACACCUUGAAGGCCAGGGUAAUGGAAGACAUCAGUCAACAAGAUUAUGGCCAGUUCCUGAAGCUGAUGACGAGGUUUGUUGAACAUCCGCUAGCCCACAAGGAGGCCAGGUACAUCAUGAAGUUCCGGCAGCGAUUGAACCGACAGAACUUUGGCGACAAGAUUAAACCUCUGAAGACAGCUAAAGAUGGAAGGAGUUUUAUGACUGCUGAAGGUUAUCGUAAAAGUGCUGUGGCUGAUGUGACAGUACGAGGACACGGUUCAGGGAGGGUGGCCAUCAACGGUUCAGACUUGGAGUAUUUCUCUCUCAGUAUGCACAGAGAGCAGAUCAUGUUUCCUAUCCAGUUUGUCAACAUGCUAGGUGAAAUUGACAUUGAAAGCCAAGUAUCUGGUGGUGGAUCCAGCAGUCAGGCAGGGGCAAUUCGUCUCGGACUGGCGCAAGCACUGACCAGCUUUGUCAGCCCAGAUGUAGUGGAGAAAAUGAGACUUGCUGGGCUGUUGACGAGGGACCCUAGAAGGAAGGAGAGAAAGAAGCCAGGUCAAGCUAAAGCGAGGAAGAAGUUUACAUGGAAAAAGAGAUAACCGGAACGUAUGACGUGAACAGCGUGUGUGAUAGUCCAGAUUGUAACUCAAAUAGAGUAAAGUGUAUACAUGUGUA